AUGAACGAGAAAGCCAGGAGGCGUUGCGAUACAGCAUGGAGCAUUAUGGGAAAACCCAUGGCGCUGUUGAAGGAUCAUGAAUGGAGUUUACGAAUUAAUAACUAUGACGCACAGCGUAUGAAGGAAGCAGGUAUUAUUUGUACAGCUUCAUCACACCCAACCACAGGAUGGGUGGUUCCUUUUACGGUAGUUGAGGGCAAGCCGUCAAGGCAGAGAAGGCGUUUCAUUGCUUUGCCAAGAGAAAAGAAUGAUAAGGAUGAUUACGAGGCCGAUGUUCCUCUAGGACACAUUUCCCGAUACCUGGAUGUCGUUUACGACGAAACUGCAACAUUAUUUGAUUUAAAGGCAUCAUUGUUUGGGGGUGGCCCUACCAGUUAA